AUGCCGAUCUCACUUUCUCCCGAGGCGAUUGCAGACAUCCGCAGCCUGGUGGAUCAAGCCUGCACAAACGAACAUGCUCGCCUUCCAUGUGCUAGUGUCGUUGUGCUUGGUAAGGAUGAGAAAAGUGCACCAGUUGAGCUAUUGGUGCGUUCUGCUCGCUCGAAUGGUCUAGAGACUGCAAACAGCCCUGGCAAGGGCAGUUCGAGUCAAUCACCUUCGCAGAGCAAGCCAGGGCAUGACGAUAUUUACUGGCUUGCAUCCUGCACGAAACUCGUCACUGGGAUUGCGUGCAUGCAGCUCGUCGAGGAGGGCAGAUUGAGACUCGAUGAUAGUUCGCAAGUCGAAGAAUUAUGCCCGGAGCUAGCAAUUGUCAAAGUCCUACAGGACGAUGGGUCGUUAGUGGACAAGGAACGUUCGAUCACGCUGAGAAUGCUUUUGACCCAUACCGCUGGCUUUGGCUAUUCAUUCUUGAACCCGAAAUUGCAGGUCUAUGCUCGACGGGACCGUCGUGGCCAGGCGGAAUAUAACGAGUUCUCGGGCAGUGUAUCUGAUUUCCACCAGCCCCUCGUUAAUCAACCUGGGGAGCGGUUCGAAUAUGGUAUCAGCAUUGACUGGGUUGGCAUCAUUGUCGAGCGGAUUACAGGGCGAAAGCUGAACGACUACAUGCAACAGCGCAUCUUCUCACCACUGAGCCUUCAUAACCUUACUAUGGUUCCGUCGCCAUACAUGAAGGAGCGACUCAUAGGGAUAUGGGAGCGAGGUGAAGAUGGGCAGUUGGCACAUCGAGACUAUCCCGUGCAGAUGUCUCUGGAUGAUGAAUUCACUCCGGGCCUCUUCCACAGCGGCGGGGCAGGCCUAUUUGGCAGUAUACGGGAGUUCGGCAAGAUUCUUGGUACCCUACUCAACGACGGCAUAUCACCCUUAACAGGAACGGCAAUCCUGUCACCAGCGAUAGUUAGAGAAAUGUUCACAAACCAAAUCCCCGAGCAGCCGCAUUUUGCUCGGCGACAACUACCCGCUGUUAAGCCUGAGUUGGUCUAUCCCGUUGAUGACCUUUAUCCUCCAUGUCCACCUUGCCACCCGCAGGGAUGGGGACUCAGUUUUAUGAUUUCACCAGGCAUCACAGGGCGUUCCGAAGCAACUGGCCAUUGGUCAGGCCUGUCUAACGUGUUCUGGUGGUGUGACAGACAGAAGGGCGUUGCGGGGAUAGUGGCAUCGCAGGUUCUUCCUUUUGUUGACCCAUACGCUGCUAAACUGUGGGUAGAAGUUGAGGCGAAGGUGUACGAAGGUGUAUGUGAAGUUCAAGCUGGGAUUGACAAAGGCAAUGGCAGUGCGUGA